GGACCCAGAAGAGCCCGGAAAAGAGCUGAGGUUGGAGCCGGCUCCAAUGUCUUCUCCAUGUUUGAUCAGUUCCAGAUCCAGGAGUUUAAAGAGGCCUUCACCAUCAUGGAUCAGAACCGGGAUGGCUUCAUCGACAAGGAGGACCUGAGGGACACCUUUGCUGCUCUGGGCUGCGUCAAUGUCAAGAACGAGGAGCUGGAGGCCAUGGUGAAGGAUGCACCCGGGCCCAUCAAUUUCACCGUCUUCCUGACCAUGUUUGGGGAGAAGCUGAAGGGCACAGACCCCGAGGAGACCAUUCUUCACGCUUUCAAGGUGUUUGACACCGAGGGGAAAGGCUUCGUCAAGGCUGACUUCAUCAAAGAGAAGCUCAUGACACAGGCAGACAGGUUCAGUGAGGAGGAGGUCAAACAGAUGUUUGCAGCUUUCCCUCCAGAUGUGUGUGGUAACCUGGACUACAGGAAUCUAUGCUACAUCAUCACCCAUGGAGAAGAGAAAGACUAG